AAGCGGGCUCUGAGCAGGGCAGGGAGCGCCCAGACAGAGCCAGCAAGGAAAAUGAAGCUCCCUAUCUUCAUAGCAGAUGCAUUCACAGCGACAGCUUUCAGGGGCAAUCCUGCUGCAGUCUGCCUCCUGGAGAGCACAUUGGAUGAAGAUGCUCAUCAGGACAUUGCGAGGGAAAUGAACCUCUCAGAAACCGCUUUCGUCCGCAAACUGCAACCAACUGACGACUUUACACAAAGUUCCCGUUUUGGGCUGAGGUGGUUUACCCCAGAGGCCGAGUUCCCCUUGUGUGGCCACGCCACGCUGGCUUCUGCAGCUGUGCUGUUUCAAAAAAGAAAGAACAUGAACAUCACCCUGACCUUUGUCACAAUGAGCGGGGAACUAAAGGCCAGAAGAGCAGAAGAUGGAAUCGUCCUGGACUUUCCUGCCUACCCAACCUUUCCCCAGGACUUCCAUGAAGUUGAAGACUUGAUAAAGGCAGCCAUAGGUGACACCCUGGUCCAGGACAUCCGGUACUCUCCAGAUACCAAAAACCUCAUGGUCCGGCUCAGCGAUUCUUAUGACAGGUCCUUUCUAGAGAGCCUGAAGGUGAACACAGAGCCUCUGCCUGGAGUUGAGAAGACAGGGAAGGUGAGAGGCCUCAUCCUCACUCUCAGAGGAGAGCCUGGGGCGCAGACGGCCCCGUAUGACUUCUACUCCAGAUACUUCGCGCCGUGGGUUGGUAUUGCCGAAGACCCGGUGACAGGGUCCACACACACUCUUCUUGGCCCCUACUGGUCUGAGGAGCUGGGGAAGAAGGAAAUGCGAGCCUUUCAGUGUUCCCGCCGAGGAGGGGAGCUGGACAUUUCCCUGCGACCUGAUGGGCGCGUCGACAUAAAGGGCGGAGCUGUUAUUGUCUUGGAGGGCAUGCUGACCGCCUAGAGAAGCUGCUGCUGGGCUUGGGGCCACUGCUCCACAAGGUGUCUUCUCUAGAGCCCAGAGCCCAAUCCAACCCAACCCAACAGCAAAUGCCCAGAGCUCGGUUCAGUCCUCAUGUGAACCCAAAAGGGAAGACGGAGGUGCGGUAGUUUGUCCAGAAUCCUUUCCCGACGGUGGGCUCUGGGCUCUGCCUGUGUGCAUCUUCAGUCCCCACAGCAGACACGGAUGCUGCCCCUUCUCUUGAUUAUGACUGCCAAUCCAAGUGAGAGAUGCAUUGAUAAGGAGUGAGAAGAAAUUUAGAAUGAGAAAGGCAUUGACACGGAAUGAGAAGAAAUUUAGACUUAGGUAUGGGGGCCUUAUAGAAGAUUUAUUUUCUGAGACAGGAUUUCUCUGUGUAGCUCUGGCUGCCUUGUAACUCAGAGACAUCUGCCUGCCUCUGUCUCUAGUGUAUUGGAUUAAAGGCAUAUACCACCAUCAAAUGGUUUCUGAUAGAUUUUACAAAGUAAGUGUGUGGUGUGUGUGUGUGUGUGUGUGUGUGUGUGUGUGUGUAUGAUUUUAAUUUAAAGACAGAGUCUUACUGUAUAGCCCUGGGUGGGAAGAAACUCUCUAUGUAGACCAGGCUACCCUACAACUCGACCCCUGCCUGCCUCUGCUUCUCCAGUGCUGGGUUAAUGGUAUGCACCAUCCUGCCCAGACUCACAAUCAUUUUAAUCGACCCAAUAACUCUGUGGAAAUGCAGACCUAACGCUAAAGACAGCAGACUGUAAACUGUCACAGAGGCUUCACUGCGGCUCUGUGGGAUGUGGAUUCAUGCGUCUGUGGGGACAGCCAGGGAGACAGUUCACGUGGAAAGACUCGGAGGAGGCUUAGAGCUUAGGAAACAAAUCCUUUGUAUUUUGAACUCAGCUAGAAGUAACGAUCAGGACAAACCAGGAGAUUGCAACAGUGUGUAUUUGAUUUGGUGAUGUGACGAUAAAAAUACACACUAAGAGCAUGUGAGCCGAAAUCUUUCCCUCCUGCGUGGCUUAGAGUGGUCAUGUCAAUGUCUUCUCUUGUUUAAUAAAGUGUGAUUUAACCCA